CUCAGAAACAACAUAUAAGCUUUUGGACUACUUCGGUUGACUUCUCCCAUUUGUCUCCUCAAUCCUCAAUAUAUACUCCAUAAUGAUAAGGGUGCUUUGUUUGCCAUUCCUUCUCUUGGUUGAGGCAAUCCAUAUUUACGUACGUAGUUAAUAAGGUUGCAGUGCUUGUAUACCCACUCAAUUAUUUUCUUUAGGGGAAAACAGACUUGAUCUUCAAUUCAUACUCAAAUUAAAAUGCCAUUGUCAUAUUUUUAUUUUUGUAAAUGUGAUUCCUAAGAGCAUCCACAAUGCAGCUAGUUUAGUGUAGGAAAAAUACGCCACCUCAUAUAAUUAGACAUGGUAGAUUCUAUGGUACCAUACCUUUGUCCACAUGGACUAAUGAAAAUGUUGCAGUUGAAUUAUUUAAAUCUAAAUUAAAAAUAAUAUAAUGAUGUGGACUAAUCAAGUGAAUGAUAGGUAUGAUACCCCAUUUUUUAAAUGGGUACCGGAGUUGUCACCAUUAAACAUUAUAUACAUUAAAAUGUCUCCAAUGCAUGUAGUCUAUAGGCUGAGUUGGCAAAAAACAAUCGCACACUGUGAACAUGGGUUUCCAGGUGUAGAAAGGCCUAAGAACUUGCUGAGUCACCAAAUUUUAUUGAAAAAACCGCUGAACGCAAUUUUGAGACAAAAAAUUGAAAACCACCCCCAUCUCUCUCCCCACAUACCUCAUUUCACAGAACUUCUUUCUUCAAAUCAUUGAAACAACGAACUAUGUUCACAAAUUGGUUGUCUGGUAUGUCAAUUUUUUUCUCUUUAUCAUCCUCAUCGUCGAGACGCCGACCUCCUUUCCGAUCGUGGAAUAGGCAGAUCUGGUCUUAUUCCGCCGACGGCCGAUCUACUUUCCACGUGAACAACUAAACUGAAUCUGUGACCAUCCAUUGGAGACUAUGUGGGUGUAAAGGCGGGUCAAGCGUGUCAGCGUGUGUAUACAUUACAUGGCCAUUGGUAAACAACAUAUGAAGUAUAUUACGCAGUAAAAUUUAGUACUCCGUAUUAUUUUAAUAUACUCCCUCCGUCCCAAAAUCGUUGGCCAAUGUUGACUUGCAUGUGGAUUAAUAAAGUAAAAACUGUGUGGUUGAAAUUUGUACAGAGGAGAGAGAAUUAACUGUAGCCACAUAUUCCUUACUUUAAAUGGAAAUGACAAACCUUUUUGGGACGGCUAAAAUGAAAAAUUUGGUCAACCAUUUUGGAACGAAAGAAAUACUAAUUAAAAACGAAAUAGACAUUAGACUUCGAUGUGAGGCGUGGUGCAUUGGAGGCUUCUAUUAAAGUUUAGUAUCCAGUCAUUACACUCAAGUAGAAAGCCUAUUACUACAUACUCCGUAAUAUUUAGCCAUUUGGCAUAAUUUUUUAGGACUAGACAUCUAAGCAUUGUGGAUGCUCUAAGCCGUUCAAUUUUUUUUCAAAUGUCAUCCUUGUCUUUUGUUUUUUGAUCUAACAUGACAUUCAAUGAUAUUAACAGAAAAUUGGACAUUUGGAAAUCACAUUUAUAAAAUAAAUGAAAAUGUGACAUUUGACCGGUCCUACUUUCCUUUUUGGAUUGUCC